ACAGAUUGCGUGCAUAGUCGCGCCAGUGGCUGCUCUCGGACUUCAAAGGUUCUGUGGAACUGUGUUAGAUGCGAUUCGUCCGAAAGUCCAUGGCUGUGCUUAGCGUGCGGUCUCAUUUUUUGCGGUCGAUACGUGAAUGCCCAUGGAUUGAAACACCAUAAUGAAAUGAAGCAUCCACGUCAUUGUGUGCUGAUGCAUUGCCAAACCUAUGAGGUUUUUCCUGUAGGAAUAACGAACGUGCUAAUCUUUCAGCUGAGUUUCUCGCCCUCAUGUCCUCCAUCUCCUAACGUGGAUCCUGACUACAACUCUGGGAAGCAGCCUCGCGUACGUGUCGAACUGCGAGGGUUGAAGAACCUCGGCAACACGUGCUUCAUGAAUUCAGUCAUCCAAGUUUUGUCAAUUUACUGCUUUUUCAGAUCAGCUCAAUAUCUUCCAUUCAGUACCACUGAUGUUUUUCGUGGGUAUUUGGUGCAGCUUCCACUCCUUCAACCUGAUGAUGAUGUGGGUGAUGACCACCAGCCGUUGGCAAGUCCGCGAUAUAAUACGAGACGAGCUCUGUUCCAGUCAGUAUGGAAAAUUUCUCCUAGGUUCAGAGGGUAUCAGCAACAAGAUGCUCAUGAGUUUCUGCGUUGCACUAUGGAUCGAGUCCAUUCGGAGCUUAGACGAUGCCGACUGCCGGAAUCAGUGGAUCAAUGUGAGUCUCCCAAUGGGUCUGCAGUUACGACCUUGUUCGAAGGCUCCCUGCAAAGUCAAGUAGUCUGUCUGACGUGUCAUACUGCAAGUAACAAGCAUGAUCCUUUCUUAGAUCUCUCUCUUGAUAUAUUCGUGCCUGCUGCGAAUGGCAGGGCUAGUAAUGUGCGGUUGUCAGAAUGUAUAAAGCGAUUCUUCGCUAAAGAGGAACUGGAUCAUUGUGAACAAUAUAUGUGCAGCAAUUGCAAAGACAAACGACCAUCAACCAAGCAACUUUUUCUACGAGUACUACCGAAUGUGUUGUGUCUUCAUCUGAAGCGCUUUCGGUGGUCCCAUUUCAAUAGAGGCAAACUCGAUAAUAUGGUCGACUUCCCACUGAGCGGGCUCGAUAUCACACCGUUUAUGAUAUUUUCAGUGUGCAGCUUCUCCUCUGUGGUGAUGUCUAUUAAUUACAGAGUAACAUCAGGCCAUUACACUACCUAUGGUCAGCGGGACGGUCAUUGGUACCACUUCAAUGAUGCGUCCGUGAAGGCUUGUUCUGAGCAGACGGUGCUCAAACAAAAAGCUUACCUACUGUUCUAUACGCGUUCGUCUAGACGUCGCUCAUAG